UACAUGUGCCUGAUUGGUAAUUUCAUCAUGCAGCAUACCUCACUCAAGCCACUAGGUGAUAGAGUACUGGUAAAAGUUAAGGAUGCAGAAGAGAAAACUGUGGGUGGAAUUAUACUGCCAUCAACUGCUCAAUCAAAGCCUCAAGGGGGUGAGGUGGUUGCUGUUGGAGAAGGGAAGACAUUUGGGAAGAACAAAGUGGAAAUUAGUGUGAAGGCAGGUGCACAAGUUGUGUACUCAAAGUAUGCAGGGACUGAGGUGGAGUUCAAUGGUUCAAAACAUCUUAUCCAUUACACCCGAGAAUACAGUUCUGGAUUCCGAAUUUGCGGGGAACGACUUCAAGGGCAAAGAUGGUUCUGACUAUAUUGCUUUGAGAGCCUCAUAUGUCAUGGCCAUUCUCUCUAAGUUAUUAACCAUUUUUUGUAUUAUAUCCUAAAGUUUUGUGAUGAGGGAAAUUGUCAUUUUUAGCUAUGAGGCUUGAAAUAUAGUUGAUUGCUGUUCUAUUCCUUGCACAAUCUGCAUAACUUUUGUUGUAUCUGUUGUUUUGCAUUAUUGUCAAUGGCUUUUCAGCUUCUCAUGA